AUGCCCGAAUGAGUUGAGAAAGUUAUCCACUAAGUUGACAACGUUUAUCGCAGCAACAUAGCUCCAUCGCAAAACAAACCAAUCACCAUGAAAGCCGCUAUCAUCUUCGCUUGCCUUUUGGCCGUUGCCUUCGCUCGUCCUGAAGCUGAGAUCGUCAAACAAGAUUCCGAUGUCGGACCCGAGAGCUACUCAUUCGAUGUCCAGACCAGUGAUGGUACCCAAAAGAGCGAAGCUGGAAAAUUGAAGAACGUUGGCAGUGAAAACGAGGCUAUCGAUGUUACUGGCAGCUACUCAUGGGUUGAUGAGAAGACUGGCGAGAAAUUCACCGUCACCUACGUUGCUAACGAGAACGGUUUCCAACCUUCAGGUGCUCAUUUGCCCGUUCCCCCAGUUGUUUAAAUUGUUGACGUGACGAAGUUAAUG